ACUAAUAAUACUAAUAAGUUUAAAUAUAUAAUAUAAUUUAGCAAGUGAUUAGAGACCUAUGGUUAAAAUAAAAUAUUGAUAUAACAGUUUGUGAAAAAAUAUUAAUAAUAAUAAAGAAGACCAAUCAAGACCAAUAACAACAAUGACUGAAUUAACGAAUCCCAUAUUUUCAUUUCCCUUUCAACCUUAUGAUAUUCAAAAGAAAUUCAUGACUGAAUUAUAUUUAACAAUUGAAGAUAGAAAAUAUGGUAUAUUUGAAAGUCCUACUGGAACCGGUAAAUCUUUAAGCAUUUGUUGUGGGGCCCUUCAGUGGCUUAAAGAUAGCAACAAGAAAAUUUUAGAAGAUCUAACCAAGGAAAUAGAUCAAAUUAAACUUGAACUUUCAAGUAAAACAGAUACUGAUGAUUGGCUCCAAGAAGAGUAUAAUAAAAUAAACAAGACCCAAAAUUUACUAAACUUGCAAAUAAAAUUUAAUAGAAUAAUGCAGAAAGAGAAAGAGUUUGAUGAAUUAAAAAAGAAAGUUAUUAAACAAAACAUUAGUUUUAAUAAAAAUGAUUAUUUUAUCAAUAAAAGAGAAAAAAAUAAUAAAACAAAUGAUGAAAAAACAUUAGUAGAAAAAGAAAAUAUUGAUGAUCGAGACCUCAUCAUAGAGGAAAGCGAAAAUAGGGAAGAUGAUUCUGACAGUGAAGAAGUAAAUUUAGAUCCUAAUGAGGAAAAUAACACUAAGAUUUAUAUAAGUAGUAGAACUCAUAGUCAGCUGUCACAGUUUGUGGGUGAAAUCAAACGAACGGUAUUCAAUGAUAACACUAGAGUAAUCACCCUUGCUUCGAGACAACAUUACUGCAUAAAUUCUGAUGUAAAUAAAUUAAAUAAUGUUAAUCUUAUUAAUGAAAGAUGCCUCGAUAUGCAGAAAUCUAAAACGAAAUCAACUUCCAUUGCUGAAGAGGGUAAAGUGUUGAAGAAAACAAAAACAAAAUCUUGUUCAGCAUGCCCAUACUAUAAUCAGACCAAUAUAACUAAGUUAAAAGAUCAAUUACUUGUUGAAAUAAUGGAUAUGGAAGACAUAAUAAAGUGUGGUAAACAAUUGAAAGCAUGUCCUUACUAUGCUUCCAGGAUGGCAUUGGAUGAGUCGGAGGUAGUAUUAAUAAGCCAUGCUGGCAUAGUUAGUAGUGGAGCAAGAUCAGGAAUAUCUCUAAAAUUAAAAGACAAUGUUUUAAUCUUAGAUGAAGCCCAUGGUUUAACUGCAGCUUUAGAAAAUGCUCAUUCUGCACCAGUUUCUUCCAGACAAUUGGGAUCUGUAAAGACAUUUUUGGAUUUCUACAUUAACAAAUACAGGACUCGUUUUAGUAGCAAGAGUCUUUUGCAGUUGAAUCAAGUUAGUUUUGUUAUUGGAAAGUUAUUAGGUCUUAUAAAACCAAAAUCGGCAAAUGAUAAGAAGCAACAAGUGACAAUAUACAAACUUGAGGAUUUUGUAAUACAGUCUGAAAUAGAUCAUAUGAACCUACGUCCCUUAGUGGAAUUCUGUAGACAUACUAGAUUGGCCCCAAAACUACACGGGUUUUCGAUAAGAUAUAGCCAGCAAGGGCUUGAAGAGGAAAAUAAAAAAGAAUUAAUCAACAAAAAGGCUAAUUUUAAGGAGUUUCUUAGUAACAUAUCAAAGAAGAAAAAUGAAUAUGAGCAAGUUGAAAACACACCAAAAUUAGAAAUCAAAACAAAUAAUCAGAUGCCUGUAUUAUCAACGGAAACAUCAGCCGGUAGUGGGCUAUAUGCUAUACUGGAUUUCUUGGAGAGGUUGUGUGACCGAAGUGCAAAUGGGAGAGUUUUAGCGCAACUUGGGGAAACUGGACAGCUCAAAUAUCUUCUUUUGAACCCAGCAGAACAUUUCGAGCAAGUUGUCAGUCAGUGCAGAUCUGUUAUUGUAGCAGGAGGCACGAUGGAACCAGUGAAUGAGUUUCAAGCGUUGCUAACAAAUAACCAGUCGAGCACAGAAUGUGUUAAUAUCGUAAAAUGUGGACAUGUUGUCGCGCCAGAGAAUGUAUUGGGAGUUUGUCUAUCAAAAGGUCCCUCCAAUAUCAGUUUGAAUUUUUUAUAUGAAAACCGAACUUCAAAAGAUUUGCUGAACGAAGUUGGUCGCAUACUAAGAAACGUUUGCAGCAUAGUACCCGACGGUGUCGUAUGUUUUCUUCCAUCGUACUCUUACGAACAGAUGUUGUACGAACAUCUUAAUUGCAGUAAAGUCAUCGAAAUUAUAAGUAAAAAGAAAAAGAUAUUCCGGGAACCUAAAUUAGCAUCGGAAGUUGAUGAGGUUUUACAAAAGUAUGCAACAGCUAUAAAUAGUAAAGGUACAGGGACAGAGACCCAUAAUGGUGCUCUCUUAUUUAGUGUUGUUGGUGGAAAAUUAAGUGAAGGUCUAAAUUUUAGUGAUAAUUUGGGUCGAUGUGUGAUGGUAAUCGGAAUGCCUUAUCCAAACGUAAAAUCCCCAGAGCUACAAGAAAAGAUGAGUUAUAUGAACAAAAUAAAGCCUGGUGCAGGAAGCGUUUACUAUGAAAAUUUGUGUAUGAAAGCUGUCAACCAGUGUAUUGGUCGAGCUGUGAGACAUGCCAAUGAUUUUGCUUGUGUUUUGCUAGUAGAUGAAAGAUAUUCUAGACCUCAAACCAUUACAGCUUUACCAUCAUUUGUCCAGAAAUCUCUAAUAUCAAAUUGCACAUUUGGUCAAACAAUGGGAUGUGUGGCUAAGUUUUUUGCAAGGCACAAGGAGGAAAAAAAUAUUAAUGUUUCAAAAUAAUUUAUUUUACAAUUUAACACAUAACCUGUUUUAUUAUAUAUAACUGUGAUAAAUAUUUCUUUUUACGUGUGGUUUUUUUAUUACUAUUAACCGACACAUUCUUUAAACAUAGUAAGUUAAAAAACUAUUAACAAGCAAAUAAUAUGAUAAAUUUAUA